CGCAGUGUGGUCUGUGGUGAAACCAGGGAAUGUGCAGCUAGCCUGAGGAGAGUUAUCAGCUUUACUAACAUCGGCUUUCGGGUGCCUGGUGUGGGCAAGGAGCCUUUUUCUACCCAAUAUUUAUUUCUAGUUGAAAAUGUCCGUGUUCUCGGAGUCUGCUUUGGAGAAGAAAUUAUUAGAACUGAGUAAUUCCCAGCAGAGCGUUCAGACUCUUUCACUGUGGCUCAUUCACCACAGAAAACACUCCAAAACCAUCGUCAAAGUCUGGUAUAACGAGUUGAAAAAAGCCCAGGUGCCUCGCAAGCUGACGUUCCUGUAUCUUGCAAAUGAUGUCAUUCAGAACAGCAAGAGAAAAGGACCGGAGUUCACGCAUGACUUUGCACCAGUCAUUGUUGAUGCUUUUAAGCAUGUCUCCAGUCAAGGAGACGAGAGCUGUAAAAAACAGUUAGGUAGAGUGCUGUCUAUCUGGCAGGAAAGAGUCGUCUAUGAGAAUGACGUUUUGGACAAACUGUUUGAAGUUCUGCAAGUAGAGAAGAAGGCCAAAAAAAGGCCUUAUGAAGAGAUCAGGGUGAAUGAUGAGGCCUUCGCCUCUCACAGCUCCCCUAGUGAACCUCCACAGACUGCAGAUCUGAUACGAGCACUACAGGAUCUUGAAAAUGCAGCCUCGAGUGACGCCACUCUUCGUCAGAGGAUCUCUGCUUUGCCACCUGAGGUGCAGGACACCUCCCUUCUUCAUAAAGUUACAGAUAAAGAGUCGGGGGAGCGUCUCUCUCGGUUAGUGGAAGAGGCCUGCAUGCUUUUGGCUGAUUACAGCGGACGGCUGGCGGCAGAGAUCGAUGACCGACGACAGCUCACACGCACACUCACCGUCUUCUUACAGAGCCAGAAAGAUGGCCUGGCCCAGAACGAGAAGAAACUAGAAGAAUACAAGCGCAAACUGGCCCGGGUGUCCCAGGUACGGAAGGAGCUGCGGCCUCGUCUCAGCAGUCUACCAGACCUGUCCCGGCUACCAAGUGUCACCGCCAGCCACGUCCACCUGCCCUCCUCCGGAGACCUUUACAGCCCCUCGGACUGUAUGUCUUCAGGUGAAAUGAAGGAUGGAAAACAUUGCCAUGAUAACAGCCGUGCCAUGGAGGACAGGGAGCGUGAAAAGAAACUCGCCAAGAAACGCCUCUACAUUGUUUCAGUAGUCUGUCUGGUCUUCAUGGUGGGAGAGAUCUUAGGUGGGUAUUUUGCAGGGAGUCUGGCAGUGAUGACAGAUGCUGCUCACCUGCUUGUGGACCUCACCAGCUUCAUCAUCAGUUUGAUCUCGCUGUGGUUGUCAUCCAGACCUGCUACACACACUCUCAGUUAUGGCUGGCAUCGAGCAGAAAUCUUAGGUGCUCUGCUGUCUGUAUUUACCAUUUGGCUGGUGACUGGCGUGUUGGUCUAUCUGGCAGUAGAAAGGAUCAUUACUAAUGACUUCACUAUUGAGGGCACAAUCAUGCUCAUCACCUCUGGCAGUGCUGUACUGGCCAACAUCAUAAUGGCUGUAACUCUGCAUCAGUCCGGUCACGGCCAUAGUCAUGGAGGUCUGAGCUCCCACGGUCACAGUCACAACCAUGAAAAAGAACAAAGCAAUGGGCAUGCUCACGAUAACCAUUGCGAUGUUGAGGAGCAAGGCUCUGGUAAAAAGCAGCAGGCUAACGCUAGUGUCCGGGCAGCAUUUGUCCAUGUGAUCGGAGACCUUUUGCAGAGCGUCAGUGUACUCGUCAGUGCUCUAAUCAUCUUUUUUAAGCCAGAAUAUAAAAUUGCAGAUCCCAUCUGCACGUUCCUGUUUUCUAUCUUUGUCCUGGGCACCACUUUAACCAUCUUGAGGGACAUUCUUAUUGUCUUAAUGGAAGGCACACCGGCUGGUGUAAACUAUACUGAAGUGAGAGAGAGGCUGCUCAAAGUCAAGGGAGUCAAAGCAGUACACAGCCUUCACAUAUGGGCCUUGACUAUGAACCAGGCUGUGCUGUCUGCUCACGUGGCUAUAGAUGACACUGCAGAGCCCCAGGAUGUGUUAAGAGAAAUCACACAAGACUCGUUCAAUACCUACAGUUUCCAUUCAGUCACCAUUCAGCUGGAGAAACAUGCAGACCAAAGGCCUGACUGUACCCUGUGCGAGGAGCCUAAAAAGUGAAACAUCCCAUAACCUUAUGAAUGAAUUAAUAGCCCCAGUCCAAAGAGACAAGUGACCCUGGAAAAAGAGACAUAUAACAAUGUUUGAUGGAGGAUUCAAUCAUUGUUUUGACUACAAAUACUGUAAUUUAAUCGUAUUAAUUGCAAAACACCUGAAAAGAAGGUAGAUAGACUAUGCGAAAGAUAGCUAUUAAGAAUGAAAAAUGACAUUUUAGAUACCAAAUUUCAAUCCUGUGGAUUAUUUUAUUGUUUUUUUUUACAUUUCUGACAUAUCACAUUUAGCCUCAUUAAACGAUUUUGGUUUUGUUACAUAAAAUAACCGAAAGUUAGGUAAAUGUACUAUUAAAAAACAGUAGUUUUAUUAUUGCAAAAGUAUUUUAGAAGAGAUUUUAGAUGCAUGUUUUAUGUUUUUGUGUUAUAUUACAUUUUUCCUUAUUUUCACUGUAUCAGUAAAGAGGACUGUAAUUUUGUACUGUAUUAUUUCAACCCUCACUUGGUCCUUAAAGGGAUUCUUACACAUCAACUGUGCAUUCUGUAUGUAUUUUUGUGAUCUUUUGAUUUUUGUGACCUUCUGAUUUAUAAAUGAUUUUGGUCAUUGAAGGACGGAUCAGUUUUUGCAGUAAGUGUGGGUUUACUUUCCAUGAAAAGAAAUAUCAAACAAUAGGCCGUUGUGUAUAAGUGCAUGUUCUUUUCUGUGCUGUACACAGAGUCAUUAUUACUCAGGUUUAUAUGAAAGAACUGCGUGCACCUCUGAGAGCCACAUAUAAAAAUUACCCACAUUAUGUUAAGGGCCUCUUUCUUUGAUACUGAAAAUGCAAUGUAGUAUAUAAGUAAUGAUAGUCUGUGGAAACAACUGCUCCACAUCCUGUGUUACCAAUCACAGAAAGUCUGAUGUAAAAAGCCUUCUUUGAUUCCCUUGUAUAAAAUCACACUAUUUAUGUAU